AUGGGCGCCGAUCACGGCGGGCACGGCGGCGGGGAUCACGGGAUGGACUCGCAAGGCAAGGAGACGUCGCGGGACGUGUCGAUCAGCGGGAAACGAGCGGUGCGCAAAUAUCUGAAGAAGUUUGUGGAUCCGCUUCCGAUUCCUUCCAUUGUCAACGCGGACUGGCUACCGAAAGACCCAAAGGGCGCUGCUGCUCUCACCGUCACCGCGUUUAGCGUGAAACGGAAAUUCCACCGUGAUCUGCCCUCGACCCGCGUGUACGCGUUCGGGCUCACGCGAAAGUCGGCCAGCGUGCCGGGACCGACGAUCGUGGCGCGUGUCAGAGCGCCGCUGCACGUGACGUGGCAAAACAACAUCACGGAUCAGCAGCAUAUCAUGCCCGUCGAUUUCACGCUCAUGGCUCCUAAGCUCAAGAAGGGGGGCGUUCCUAUCAGCCUUUUUGGCGCGUUCAUUCUGUCCAAUCCGCAGGCGGAGAAAAAGUUUAACCUGCCCAUGGGCAGGUUUGACGUGCCGCUGCUGAUCCAGGAUAGGUCGUUUCUGUGGAACGGGCACACGUUUAUGGAGGGGAAGGGCUUGACUAAAGCUCAUCCGGUGUGGUUACCCGAGUACUUUGGGAAUUUCAUGACCGUUAAUGGAAAGGUGACUCCCUACAUGGCAGUGCAGCGUCGCAAGUACCGUUUCCGUCUCAUCAACGGAUGCAACGCUCGUUUCCUCGAGCUCGCCCUCAGGGCCUCGCCCCCCCCUUCCCAUGGCAACAGCAGCAGCAGUGGCACUGCCAACAGCACCAGCAUCACCUUUCCCUUUCUCCAGAUCGCCUCAGAAGCCGGAUAUCUCAACCACCCCGUGUUCCUCCGCAGAAUCACCCUUGCUCCCGGGGAGCGCGCGUGUAUCAUUGUAGAUUUCACUCAGCUGCCUUCAGGGGUGACAAUUCGGCUGAAAAAUCGUGCUCCUGCGCCCUAUCCUGGGGGUGAUUUACCCACGGGAGGUCUACAGUACGUCAUGCAGUUCAACGUGGAGGGUGACCCUAUUGCAGACCUCUCUACAGUGCCGGGAAUGCUUAACUCUAUCCCGCAUCUCAACCUCGAAAACAUCGCCGCGACAAGGGAAAUCACCCUUUCAGAAAUGAAAGACGAGGAGAGCGGCAAUCCUCUAAUGGGGAUGAUUGACAAGAAGCACUUCACCGAGAAAAUCGACAUAACACCGACAUAUGGCACCCGGGAACUCUGGUACUUGAUCAACCUUACAGAAGACACACACCCGAUCCACAUCCACUUCUCCCCACAUCGCAUCCUCUUCCGCCGCCCAUUUGACAAAGAGCACUACGGGGAGAAGAAAUGCAGUAUUCCUGAUGGGAGCUGUUACACAGGCCCGGCUGUUUCGCCUAGAAAGAAUGAGAGGGGAUGGAAGGACACCACAAGGGCUCCUCCAGGUUAUGUGACUGCUCUAGUGGUGGAUUUUUCGCCGUGGAUGGGGAAGGAGCUGAGCUUCGAUCCCUCUAAGGGGCCAGGGUACAUGAUCCACUGUCACAUCUUGGAUCAUGAAGAUAAUGACAUGAUGCGCCCUUUCAAGGUUCUGCCAGCUAAAUAG